GGCCGUGCGUCCCUGUAUCAUACCAGUCGCAAGUCUUUCAGUCUGUGCAUACUCAAGAAUAUGGUGACUAUUCGCCGCAGAGACACGGACACUAACUGGCGCGUACGCCUAUGCUGUGUUUGCCACGCCGGUUUCGUUGGACACGGACGAGACACACACACCAACACCGAUAUCAUCGCGCGUCGGUCGAUGUUAUCGCGCUCCCUGUGCUGCGAGCUCGAUUCGUCUGUUGAUUCUUACCCUUUUCGGUCGUCGCGAUCCUUACUUCGUUUGGUAAGUAAAGUCGGUCCUCUAAUAAUCAUUUUCCCAAACAAGACUAUUACUAUUUCGGUUUUCUGCGAGUGAACUUUCUAUCGGUAGCAUUUACUGUGAUCCUGUUCUUCGGGCCUCUGAGAGAUGUGCUCAUUUCGUGCAAUGAAUAGUUGAUUCGCCCCUUUGAAAACCAUAUGCUGACUUGUGUCGCAGUGUAUGUCCUAAAUUGAUGUUUGUAUAGAUUUUUCCUCCUCGCAAUCGAAACAACCGCAUGCACGAUCGUUGAUUGUCUCAUGCAACUUUCGCAACGAUUCACACGCCGUCCAGUACUUUUAGAUUCGGUUUCAGAAGACCAGAUACUCGGAAGUGACAUUGAAAAGAACUUUCUUGAACACGCAAUCUAGAACAAGAUGGGUCGGAAACAGAAGAAUGAAGGAACGUAUGUUCGCUUGCUGAAGAUCCCGCCAGUGUAGCAGCCGGUAAUAUUUCCAACGGGCGCAGAUCAAUACCCCUGUCGGAUGCUGUCAUAACGUCCGCCUAGAAAAAUUUGCGCAACUAGAACAAUUGGAGUUUAGCGGUGUGGCUCGUUGCGAAGCUAUUUGAAAAACGACGCGUGAAAGAAGCAGUAUAUGAACGCUGAGGCUUCUGCCUUCGUCGUCUCGCUAGUGUUCUUCGGUGCAACUUACUUCGGGUAAUCCUGCACAAACAAUACCGUGUCGGGGCGUCAAAAAUAUGAAUGUGCCGCAUAGAAUCUCUUUCAUCGGCUUUGGCCGAGUCGAGGACAUGCAACUUUUGAUGACAUUCAGUACGAGAAAUCGUGGUCCUGCCUGGGACGACCCGAGAAUGCCGACGGUACCAAGUAGACGUGACGAUAGAUGUGUUGAUCUUCUAUUUAACCUCGAUACACAGCUCUAUUUCUAGAUGAGUUCUACUCACUUGUACUGCAGCCAGUUCCUUACAUACCGUGAUUUCGCACUAUUUUGCCCUGCAAAAUUUACCAAUGAACAGAUCAAGAAACUGCUGAAAGCUGCGAAGACGAAAAUGAGUGCGGGUCAAAGGCAAAAGUUAGUGUGGGAGGGGUCACAGGUCUUUGUGCAGCUCGAUUUUCCGCAGGGAGGCCUGUUGUAUGUGGUACACACUCAUACUAAUAAAUGUGAGUUAUCACAAGUAGUUGUCUGAAUCUUGUUAUACCUUCGAUGUAGGUACUACAUACGAGUACGUCGUUGUAGGGUUUGGCGUUGUAUGUUUCUUCAAUCGUUUCAGGAAACAAAUCAAGAAUGCUAGAAGUACUGAAUUGUUAGUAUCCUGUACCUUUUCAUCGCGCAUAAUUUCUUGUCAGGUCAUCUGCAAGAAGGCAUCAGAGGCGGACGAGGAUUAUCCAGAAAGAAUAGCGUACGCCCUUCUCUCCGAAGUGAUGCAACAUGUGGAGACGAAUUAUGCAGUGGAAUUGCAGCAGCGAAACGUAUGCCUUUUUAAAAUUGUUUAACAAACUGUUCUAGGUCGUCCACAUGUCCUGGUACCAACACCUAACCUAGGCCGUACCACAACGACCAUUCUUUCUUGAUUCACUUUUGGAGCUGGAAAUGGAUCUAAAUCGAUAGCUUGUUAUACUAUAGAGCCUCAGUCUAUGGCGGUUUCUUUGCCAUCUCAUCUCUACGGUCCACCAUAACAGCCUGGAGACGUGUUUUCCAAUGAUAUGGCUGACUGGUUGCUCGAACGGGCAGACGCGUUUGACGAUCCAGACGAGUAUGACAAGCUCGCGCGGGUGAAGUUAAAGGCAGAUGCUGUGAAAGGGGUAUUUGUCCUAAGUGAGCUCAAUCCUGAUUGGAUCGGUAUACGAUGGAGCCGUACUUAAGAGUUCAAGUAGAUCAUGUAGAAGAGGUCGACAGAAGGAAACCUGGAUGGGUAUGACUUCAACAGAACUAGCGGCUAGAUUUGCCACAUUGGGGGACUGCUUAAACCGAGAAGGAUGGAGAGGCAUUGCUGAGAAGAGCAGCGUAAACAACGACAGCAACAGCGGUAGCCUUCUCCUCCUAACCAACGCAAGAAGAAGCGCUGCCACUACUUCCGCUACUACUGUAGAAACCGUGGGGCGCCCUCACAGCUUCAACAUCAGAGAAAUUCGCAGAACUCAAAGAAGACUCAGGGAAGUCGUAGGCCCAAUCCGAACCGACUAGCAUCGUUAAGAAUUAGAUUAGCACGCUGCUGAUCUUUCAUUAUUGAUUUUUAUAGUGGCUCUUCUACUUGCUAUUAUGUUGCUAGAGUGAGAAGAUCACAGGUAGGUUGAAGGAUUACUUAGAAUGAUGCCGAAAUCUCUAUCUCCAGGUGAUGAAGAACAACAUCAAUGCGAUGUUGAAGAAUACCGAGAAUUUGAAUGUUUUGGAGGAACAGGCCCUGGACAUGGCAGAGGAGGCUAAGGAUUACGACGAAGAGGCAGAGGAAAUCAAGGACUACUUCUGGUGGAAGGACUGCAAAGUGACGCUUCUUAUCGGAGCUCUGGUCAUCGUAAUGACCGCUCUCAUGAUCUUCUGUUGCUGCAGAGAGUACAUGAAAAAGCCUGAAGAUGGAGGAAGCAAGAAGGAGUAGACAUAAACAGCGGAGCUCCGCUCAUCACGUUAUACCAAGGAGUAGCACGGGGGGAAAAAAUCACGUAAGUAUUAAGUUGUAAUGCCUAGUGUAUUCGAAGAAUCAUGCCCUGUGUGCUGUUUCCGGUGCAUUGGCUUGUGCUGACUCUGGCAUUGGGUGUAUCAUGCAUGAGAAUUGAAGAAGACGUACAAAGAAUAGGGGGUGAUUAGAUAUACGCUCAAGAAGAUGAACUUGAACAAACGUAUUGCUGGUGAGCCUACGAAAGUAGCAGAAAACAUGGCUAGUAGCUAGUUACGAUUAUCAGAGAUAUUUCAUCUUGAAGGCGAGUAAAAGUAAGUGUGAAUGAUUGGUUCCGAUGUCGUUCCGCAGUAAUAUAAUUUCGACUUCAUAGUAGUAGAUACCAUCGCCAUAACUGUGCUCGUCUACCAGAUAGAAGUUGCAUCACAGACCAUUUCAUCGUCAAGCAUUAAGAAUCCAUCGAUAUCGAAUCCAUAGUAAAAGUAAUUCAUGCGCAUGAAAAUCAGGAAUAAGGACCCAAACCAUACGGUAGAAGUAUCUACUUCAUUAAGAACCUCCAAGAAUGCACUUGCAGUUGCACCACCAGCAUCAAAGUUACUUUCGUAGCCCCAUGAAGCCCAACACACAUGUAGCCCUUGUUCUACAAACCUAGAAAUCAUACCCCACAAUACGUUGAACGCAUGAUUAGAAUGAUCUCUACAGGAGGUAAGCGUAAGCACCCCACGACGACCAAAACAUCUGAUACUACACAAGAAUAAAAAAUUCGCGCAUGCACGAGAUUCGAAGAGCACACCGUGCUAGUACUACUGCUCCGGUUCACGAAAACGAACCUUUCAUUGCAAAGUGUGAUAGGUCUCUGACUCUGUGAAAGUGCUGCGAUAUUAUUUUCAGG